GGACGACACUCGUCUCAGCCGCAAUCGCACGCGCUUCCAUGUGCUGCAUUAAAAAAAAAAAAACAACUCCUGAAUUUGCAUCAAAUGUGCUGAAUCCUGGUCACAGUAAAACCUCAGCUACACCAUCAGCGCCUCCAGCAGAAGAGUCUCCGAGUGAACCUAAAGCCUCUACGAGUCAAAGCGGAAAGUGUUGUGAUCGCCUUGUGAAAAUGUGCGCAAGGACAGCAGCGUACGAGAAGGACCUUUGUGCACCAAAAGACGAGAACGAGCCACAACAUCAACUACUGGACGCUGCGUUCAAUCUGCAGCCUCGAACUGUGCUAAGCAGGCCAGACAUCAGUGAGGAUCUUCAUCCUGAAAAGCAGGCGCCAGAGCCCACUCGCAUGAAAGAGGAAGUGGAGGACAUAGAGGUCCCCCACAUCAAAGAGGAAGAGGAAUUGGAGCCCAUUUCCAUUAAAAAAGAGGAGGAAGAAGAGCGCCCUCACGUAAAACAGGAAAAGGAGGAGGAGGAUAUCACCAAGUUUCCAUUGACUAGUGUCCCUUUGAAGAGUGAAGAUGAAGGUCAAAGUGAGGAGAGCAGAGGGGCGGAGCCUCCAAACAGUCAACACAAGACAACAGAAGGUGAUGGAGACCACUGUGGAGGAUCACAAGCAGAUGGCCUCUUAGCUCCAUUAUCAGAUAGUGACGACAAAACGUCACACUCUCCUCACAUUGAUGAUGAUGAUAAUGUUGAUAAACAGUCUGAAGGUGAUAAGACAUGUCCCACUGACAACAAACGAUGGAAAUGUUCUCAGUGUGGGAAAACCUUUGCUUAUAAGGGCAAGUUGAAACAACACAUGAGAACACACACUGGCGAGAAACCUUUUUCCUGCUCAGUUUGCAGUAAAAGAUUCACUCAGAAGGGAAAUUUAAAAAUACACUCAAGAACCCACACUGGUGAGAAACCUUUUUCCUGCUCAGUUUGCAGUAAAAGAUUCAGUCAUAAGGGAUACUUGAAUCAACACAUAAGAACGCAUCCUGGUGAGAAACCUUUUUCCUGCUCAGUUUGUGCGCAAAGAUUUUCAGAUGCGAGAACCUUAAAAAUGCACACAAGAACCCACACUCGUGAUAAAUCUUUUUCCUGCUCAGUUUGCAGUAAAAGAUUCACUCAAAAGGGAAAUUUAAAAAAACACACAAGAACCCACACAGGUGAGAAACCUUUUUCCUGCUCAGUUUGCAGUAAAAUAUUCACUCACAAGGGAAAUUUUAAAAAACACACAAGAACCCACACUGGUGAGAAACCUUUUUCCUGCUCAGUUUGCAGUAAAAGAUUCACUCAGAAUGGACAAUUAAAAAUACACACAGGAACCCAUACUGGUGAGACACCCUUUUCCUGCUCAGUUUGUGCCCAAAGAUUUUCUCACGUGAGAGCUUUAAAAAGCCACACAAGAACCCACACUGCUGAGAAACCUUUUUCCUGCUCAGUUUGCAGUAAAGGAUUCACUCGGAAUGACGCAUUAAAAAUACACACAAGAACGCACGCUGUAGCAAAACCGUUUUCAUGCUCAGAUUGUGGCCAAAGUUUCUCUCAGAAGGGAGACUUAAAAAUACACACAAGAAUGCACACUGGAAAGAAACCUUAUUCCUGCUCAGACUGGGAUGAAAUAGUCUAAUAUAAGGGACAAUUUAAAAUACACACAAGAACGCACACUGGAAAGAAACCUUUUUCCUGCUCAGUUUGUGGUCAAAGAUUCCCUCAGUGUGCUGCUGAGAAUAGCAGUGAUCAAAAAGCUUUUAAUUAAAAUGAAAUUGUUUUAUAUCAAAAGUAAUUACUGUGUAAUUACUUAGAAAAAUCAACAUUCUAUAUUCUGUGUCCCAUCUUUUAUUUUAUCCAUCCUCUUGUCCAUAUAUUUUCUGAAAACCUCCUCCUCAAAUACUUUGAAGGAAAUAGUUAAUGGUGAGAUUAAUGGCACUUAUUCACUAGUUCUGGACUUACAAAUGAUGUCUGCAGAAAAGAAGCCCUCCAAAAUAGACACAGCUGUAAUUUUAGGCUUGUUUUCUGAUGAUAUACAGGAAUUUUUUUUUCACACAGAUUUUGGCCCUUCCACAUUUUGGACACUCAGCCUAUCACAGAUUGACAAGUAGCAAUCAGGAGCCGAUUACAUUUCCUCCCUGAUCUCUGUAUUCUGUGGUGUAAUUUUUGCCUUUAUUGAAAGUCUGGAUGUUUUUUCGAGACAUUAAGUGAGAAUAGUAAAAUAUUUUUGAAGGCUUUUUUAAAAAAUCGACUGUUCAAAUGCCUCCUUGAGGACAGCCACGUCAACCCACAUAAAUUAUUGCAGAUUAAUUUCUUCAUUUGUCAGCUCACUUUUAAAUGGAUUUCACCACAAAUGUCUUGAAGAUGUCCCAGUAAAGUUCCUAUCGAUCACAAAGGGGUUUCUGUAGGUAGCGUUGUGUGACAGUCAUGGACUUUGGCUGGCUAUCAGAACAUCAGAUGACCCAUGACGAGCCUCUCCCUGCCAAAUGCGUUAUGUUGCUUGAUGUUCCUAAACUGCAGCUGAUCUGAUCUGAUCUUAUCUGAUCCAUUAAAUCUAAAAUAUUGGGUUAAUCAUAAUAUUUUCAGAGGUUGAAGCUGCUAUGAGUAGAGAUGUCCGCAUAAAUUUUGGUGGUGAUUGCUGACAGUUUUGGGACAGUGAGCUCCUUUUCUUGGGUUCAUGCAUGAGGCUUGCAAGGAUCUGGCAGGUGCCCGCCAUGUUUGUAUAAUUUUAAUAAUGACUCCCUAAUAAAUUUGUGAUUUUUCACCACACUAAAUUCAUGAUUUAACAUAAUUUUAGGGACUUGUUACUUUGUAAUAAUGUGAAAUGACACAGGGAAAAAAUAUUGAAAACGCAAACUGGUAUUUAUUUAAUACUUUGUACAAAAGCCUUUGUUUGGAAUGACAGGCUUCAUAUCUGGAAGGUUCUGUGGGCUUCUUUUAUGGACCUUGACUUUCAGUUCUGUACAUACAUUUUCGAUUGGAUUCAAGUCAUGUGAUGGGCUGGGCCAAUCUAGCAGCUUCAUUUUUUUUCUUUGAAUCCAGUUUAGAGUUUCCUUGGAAGAAUGUUUUGGAUACUUAUCCUGCGGAGAUUUCCACCCUCGUUUCAUUUUCAUCAUCAUUGAAGAUGGCAGCAGAUUUUUGUCAAGAAUGUCUCGGUACAUUUGCCCAUUCAUCCUUCCUUCAAUCGUGAAGUUUACCAGUACCAUUUGUUGAAAAGCAGCCCCACACCAUCAUGUUCCCACCUCCGAAUUGCACUGUUGGUAUAGUGUUUUUACGGUGAUAGCAGUGCCAUUUCUCCUCCAAAUGUGGUGUGCAUUAUGGCAUCCAAACAGUUAACUUUUGCUCCCAUCAGACCAGACUAUACUCUCCCAGUAUUUAACUGGCUUGUCCAAAUGUUCAGCAAACUUUAAACACGCUUUGACAUGCUUUUUUUCCCCAGCAAUGGGGUCUUGCAUGGUGAACAUGCAUACAGGCCAUGGCAGUGGAGUACAUUACUCACUGUUUUCCUUGUGACAACCGUACCUGCUCAUUCCAGGUCUUUUUGAAGCUCUCCACAAGUGGUCCUUGGCUCUUGAUUAUUCUUUGCACUCCUGCACUCCUCUGUCAUAAAUCUUGCGAGGAGCACCUGAUGGAGGAAAAUUUAUGGUGGCAUGAUUGGCUUUCUACUUACGUAUUAUGGACUCACCGUUUUCACUGGAACGUUCAGAAGCUUUGCUAUGCGCCUGUACCCAAUGCCAUCGUUAUUUUUUUGCAACAAUUAGUUUGCGAUGGUCUUGAGACAGCUCUCUGCUCUUACCCAUCAUAAGAUGUGUCUUGACUUUUACUUUGGCAAUGAGACCUUUUUGUAGGCCAUCAUUUAGGACAGGAACCAACUGAUAUUCAUUUGCACUGACAAAGGGUUGGAUUGCUGUCUGAUUAUUGAUAGAUUUUAGGUGUUGUCUUGGCUUUCCAUGCCUUUUUGCACCUGCCUUUCAUCAUGUGUCCAAUAGUUUUUCCCUGUGUCAUUUCACAGUUUUACAAACAAUUUAAUUUCUGAUCUUAUUUAUUUGUUCUACUUUCUUUGUAUGUAUGGAUUACCGGGGUUGUUCCCAACAUCUGGUGAAAUUUUCAGGUCAAUAACACCUUUGGAAGUAUAUUUAGUGAGAAAAAUGUGACGUGUUAAAUACUUAUUUCAACCGCUGUAUGUGAUCCUUAAUAAAAUACACCUCUUCAAAUGUGAGGAUGACUCAAUUUGCUUGUAUAUCAAAUCUAUGUUCCCCUUUAAAAAGAAUUGAAAUGUCUUUAAUCCAUUGCAAGCCCUCCAAAAACAAAAUGCUCGCAACUUAAAGCCAAAAAAAAAAAAAAAAUGGCCCAAGCGACAAGGCCUCGUGAAAAAUACUCCAAAGCUGUGCGGGAUGGCCUCUUAGCUCCACCAUCAGCUAGUGACGACAUGACGUCACACUCUCCUCACACUGAUGAAGAUGAUGACGAUAAAAAGUCCGAACGUGAUAUGACAUGUCACACUGACGACAAACGAUGGAAAUGUUCUCGUUGUCGGAAAACUUUUGCUUGUAACAGCAAAUGACACAUGAGAACCCACUCUGCUGAUAAACCUUUUGCCUGUUCAGUUUGUGGUCAAAGAUUCUCUGCUAAGUAUUGGCCUAAUAAACACAAUUGUGCUUGUCAGAAUCGCAGUGAUCAAGAAGCUUUAAUUGAAAAUGUAAAUGUAUAAUAUCAAAAGUAAUGACUAUCAUACAGAUCUACAAAAAAAUAUAUAUUUGUGU